AUGGGCGCGCUCCGGCACAAGGACCCUUAUUCUGUACGCAAGGGCCUAGCACAGCUCUUCUUUUGGCGCUGGCACGUCGCCGGCGAACCGCCCCCGUCCUUCCGGCGCCGUCAGGACUGGUAUCGGAUCAAGGUCCUCGUCGGGCGGGACCGCGAGCAGGAGCUCUCGUACCCGACGCAGCUACAAGAGACCUGGCGUAUCUUCGGCGCUGCCGGCCUUAUCGCGUCGAAGAAGACGCACCUCCCGCGCAGGGUGGGCGCCCAGGACGCGGAGACCCAUGGCACGUCGCUCGCCCAGAUCUCGCAGGCCGGCCGCUGGAACCAGAGCGUGCUCUGCCAGGCAUAUCUUACGCACCUACCGCGGCAGUUCAUGCGUAUCGUCGCCGGCUUCUCGGCCUCCCCGGGGGACUACUUCCUCGCGCGUGCGGCUCACGAACCCCCGUACGUCUUACAAAAGCAGCUGUGGCCGUGGAUCGAGGUGGGAACCCGCUUUGAGGCGCGGGCGCGCCGGCAAUGCUGGGCAGAAGGCGGUCUCGACGACGACGACUUAGCCGCCGACGGCUUCCUUAAGCUUAUGCGGCGCCUGCGUAUAGUACUUCUGCAGGACCUGGCCGUCCUACAGCUCCGCUACCCGUCGCUACCGUUCUUCGCCUACGCCCCUUUUAGCGGGCCCGAGUGGGACGAGUUCGCCGUCGCCGUGCGGUCCACCGCGGUAGGGGCUAUGGAGCCGUCAGCGGCUCGCCAUCCGGCUUGA